AUGAGAAAAGAGGUAGAAAAAAAAGACGAAGUGGUUGAAGAACUAAGUUGUGCAAAUGAGGAACUUAAAUCAUACAUUAACUGCUUAUCUAAGUCCGAGGGAAUAGCAUAUCAAGGCAAGAAGGUUUCAGAAGUGAAGAAAAAGAGAACAACAUUAAAAUGUUUUAUUUCUCAGGCAAGGAUAGCCCUUUGGUUUGCUGAGUCCUUUGGGUUAGAUAUAUGCAGCAUGAAUGUUGUUGAGAAGUGCACUGGAACAGUCCACACCGUUUCGCUUGCUGACACUAAAACUAUGCCAAUAAGUAAGUAGUGACAAUGGACAAAGUGAUAAGUGCCAUGGUUUUAAUGCUGUGUCGGACACUGAAAAGGAAAAGGUAGAAGUUUUGUUUCUGCUCAACAAAUUCCAUGUGAGCGAUGAACUUUAUCAUGAAAUAAUGCUGCAUGAUUCAUUACCACGGUCAUACCUUGUUAAACAAAGACGUGAUGAACUAAAUAAACUGUUGUCAAUUUCAAAAACACCUGGCAAGUUUGAAGGAUGCCAGGUUGAUUUUCAUCAUACUCUUACAGAAUGCCUAGAGAAAUUUAUUGCUGAGAACCCAGACUUUAACUUUGAUGAAAAUCCAGUGAAGAUUAAAUUUUCUGCUGACUAGGAGCACAAAUUUUAUAAUCUUGACCCUUGCAGUACUGGAUGACAAAAAUGCCAAUGCUUUGUCAGCAAAGGGCAACAACAGUUUGGCUGUUGUAAAAAGAGAAGAAAAGUACGAGGUUUUACAGCAGGCUUUUCAUGAUGUAUUUGAUCACAUCAAUAACUUGAACCAAGCUAAACAGAUCAGAGUGGGUGAUAGGAAUAUCAACUUGGAGGUUUUUUGGGUGGAGACUACAAAUUUCUCCUAAUGGUCCUUGGUUUGCUAAAUGCUACUUCUAAUCAUUCAUGCAUAUGGUGCAAAAUCCAUAACGAUAACAGAUGGGAUACUUAUGAUCUCAGUUAUUACAACUCAGCACCAUUGAAGCGCACAAUCAAAGAAAUCAUUGCCAUGGCUGGUAAAGCUAACAAAAACUAUUGUUGUUCUAGACAGCCAUUGUUACACAUCGACCUUGAUCAUGUUGUUGUCGACGAACUGUAUUUGAUGUUGAGGAUUGUAGAUGUCUUAAUUGAUAACUUAAUUGAGGAAGUACUACAAUGGGAUAAAAUGGAGGAUUUGAGAAAGAAAUGA